AUGGAGAAAACAAAAUCAUCCCUUCAUGGUCGCGCUAACGGAAGUCUCACCACUGUUCUUUCUAUUGAUGGAGGUGGAAUAAGAGGGAUUAUUCCAGGAGUUAUGCUUGCAUUCCUAGAGUCUAAGCUUCAGAAGAUAGAUGGUGAUCAUGUAAGGCUUGCAGAUUAUCUUGAUUGGGUUGUAGGGACGAGCACAGGUGGCCUUAUGGCAUCCAUGCUUACUACCCCAGAUAAAAAUAAUCGCCCCUUAUAUGCUGCAAAAGAUAUCGUCUCCUUUUAUCGCCAACACUGCCCAAAGAUCUUCCCCCAACCCAGCUCUCGCAUUGGCAAAAUCAUACAGUAUUUGAAAUGUUUAGUAAGGCCCAAAUAUAAUGGGAAGUAUUUACGUAAGCUGUUGAAGAAAAUACUAGGAGACAAACAUUUGCAUGACAUGUUGACUAACGUUGCAAUCACAGCUACUGAUAUAAAGCAAGGACAUCCAGUUAUUUUCUCCAGCCAUAUGUUGAAAAAGGAUCCCAGCCUAGAUGCUUUGAUGUCGGAUAUAUGUGUUGCAACUUCAGCAGCCCCAGCCUACCUUCCACCUCAUCAAUUUACUACCACAACUUCAACAGGCGAAUCAAGAGAAUUCAAUCUCGUUGAUGGUGGAAUUGCUGCCAAUAACCCGGCCAUGGUUGGUAUAACCGAAUCGGAAACAGACAUGCAGGAGGGCAACACUGGCAUCCAUGAGCGGGUCUUACUUAUAUCACUGGGGACUGGUAUGACAUCUGAGAAGAAGUACGAUGCCAAAAAAGCAGCUUGUUGGGGUGCUCUGGAUUGGCUGAUCGGAAAAGAUCGUUCGGCUCCACUGGUGGAUCUUCUUACUAGAGUAAAUAGUGACAUGGUUGCGUUCUACAGUGGUUCCUUUUUUGAAGCUCUUCAGUCUAAAGGCAAUUACCUCCGAAUUCAGGACGAUACACUAAGUGGAACAUUGGCUUCUGUGGAUAUUGCCACCGAAGAAAACUUGAAUGAUCUUGUAAAAGUUGGAGAGGCAUUGUUGAAGAAACCCGUUUUGAGAUUGAAUUUUGGUACCGGUAAACUCGAGCUUGUUCAUCCUGAGGUUACAAAUGAAGUGGCUCUCGAGAGGAUGGCGAAAAUUCUCUCUGAGGAGAGGGCUCGGAGGAAGAGGGUGGUCGUUCACGAAAAUGCUGCUUUGCUCUCACAUAAGUCCUUGUAGUUAUGUUUUUCGUUAAGAGAAAUGAAUAGCUCAAUAAUUUUUAUUUAUUUUUUAUUUCAUGUAAUUCAGUUCUGAAACUAAUUUCUCCCAAUGUUAUGUAUAUAUUUGUAACUGGGAAAUUAUUCAAUUUAUUCAUGACGUGG